AUGCCAAGUAAAUCUGCUUCAGACACAGUAUUUUUUGAGAAAUCUCCCACACAAGAUGAGGAUUUCCUGAAACACUUGAGUCGAAAAUAUAUGGCCAGUACUCCAUUGUCAUCAGCGGGAGGGUUGAUCAGUUAUGUAUUUGUCAAGCCUCCUCCCAAGAUUCAAUCUAUUAGCAAAAACCCUUCUGAUACUGUGGACUUCUCUGUGGCUGUAACAGAUACCUCACCUAGCUCGUAA